ACUUGCCAGUCGAACCUGUGAGACGAACUAGGGGCGGGAUAGCACAUUCGUCACAACGCAGCUCGGAAGUGGAGGAGUAGGUCGUCUAAAAACUUUCAAAAAGCUUCAAGGCUUCUUUCCUCGCAGUACUUUCAAACGUAGAUGCUUCGGAAUAGAAUACGAUUAUCUCUGAAAAAGGGACCUUUAAGUUUAGUUGAAGUGAGUGCGAUAGACAAACCAAAAAAGAGCUUGUGGGUGUCACGAGCUGUGUGGAUGACAAUUUGCUUUGACUCACGCGAUAUAAAGUGGCUAGGAAUUGUUAGCCGAAGGGGAGUCAACAAGUCAAUACUUCCGUUACGUUGCCAAGAACGAGAAGAUAUUUAAUCGUUGAAACUACGAGCUGUCUGAAUAACCAUUGGAAGAAAUGGCGACAAGAGAAGACGAAUAUGACUACCUCUUUAAAGUGGUGCUGAUUGGGGAUUCGGGUGUGGGCAAGAGCAACCUUCUGUCCCGCUUCACCCGAAACGAGUUCAACCUGGAGAGCAAGAGCACGAUCGGGGUGGAGUUUGCCACACGCAGCAUCCAGGUGGAGGGGAAGACCAUCAAGGCGCAGAUCUGGGACACCGCCGGUCAGGAGCGGUACAGGGCCAUCACGUCUGCUUACUACCGGGGAGCCGUCGGUGCACUCCUGGUGUACGACAUCGCAAAGCACCUGACGUACGAAAACGCCGAGCGCUGGUUGAAGGAGCUCCAGGACCACGCCGACAGCAACAUCGUCAUCAUGUUGGUGGGCAACAAGAGCGACCUGCGCCACCUGAGAGCCGUGCCCACUGACGAGGCCAAGGCCUUCGCUGAAAAGCAUGGACUGUCCUUCCUGGAGACCUCUGCUCUGGACUCCUCUAAUGUAGAGUUGGCAUUCCAGACUAUUCUUACAGCCAUCUACCAUAUAGUGUCCCAGAGGCAGAUGUCGGGGAGCAGGGAGACGGAUUUCUCUCCGAAUUCCAACGUGGUGCCCAUCACUGUGCAACCCACCCAGAGCUCGGCUAAGCAGGGUGCCUGCUGCCAGAACAACUGAAGCUUCUGCACACACUAAGGAUCCUGGGUAAAAGAAAAAAGAAAAAAAAGGAGGGAAAAAGGCAAAAAAAGCAAACAAAAAUCUAAAACAGCCAGAACGCUGGACUGCUGCACAAAGACCCCCCACCGCGCACACACACACACAUAUAUAUAUAUAUAUAUACACACACACACACACACACACACACACACACACACAUAUAUAUACAUACACACACACACUCACACGUGUCUGCAUGAGUGCUGUGAGCGCUGUACUCCCCUUACACUAUCUAUGCAUUCUUGUUAACUCACAAUUGCAAUAAGCUUCACAGCUAUGGCCCCAGAAUCUGCAAAGGUAAUAAACUGUGGAUGGAAGUGGAGCAUCAGGAACUAACUAGCUGGGUGAAUGUAGAAUUAAAUGAAAUUGGUUUGCAUACUGAAUAGUCUGUUCCUGAAACGCCAUACCUCCUUUAUCUUUCACACUAAUAUGAUUGUUUGGGGCGGGUCAUGGCAAGCCGCAGGUUGGGGCCGGAGUGCAGUCUCUCCUCUCUAGCUGCGUUCACCGUCUCUUUCUCAUCCAUCUGGACAUUUAUGUGAUAUUUGGGCCCCAUGCACAUAUUGGCACAUCUGAUGUUUCUCUGCCACUGAGAUAGAAGUAUGAGAUAGACGCUAAGGCGAGGGCACAGUGCAAGAGCAGAUAGCAGUUCAUGCUGGAUCUCACCCCAGUCAGGCUUCACUGUCUGAGUUACCAGAAAGGGAAAUUGUGCGUGUGGAGGCACGGCUCUUUUGAUUGCAGUUCAUUUUUUUUUUUAAAACAAACAUAUUUGACCGCGUUGUGCACAUGGCAAAGAUUACUCUAUGUUCUACCUUCAUGCGAAGUUCUGGCUCGUUGCUUUUUUUUUACAUCCCUAAUGUAUUUAUUUAAUGUUUGUAUGGACAUCUAUGGUUUGUAUUGUUUGACCUGAAGUUUUUGUUUGUCAUGCAGAGAUUCAUCUCAAAGCUACACUGGGCUUUUUAUUUAAUACUAUUUCUGGGAUAUGAAGGGUGUCUUUUUUUUUUUUUUCUUCUUCUUUUUUUUUCUAAUUUUUUUUUCUCUCUCUCUUAACCACUUGAGGUUCGCACAAGAAAUGAUUUAAGGAUGAAAUCACUGUAUGCGAUUCAUUUCAGCUUCUAGUAAAUGCACACUUGAUUGAGGGGAUUGGCAUGAAAGACCUGUCAAGUAUAACAGAUCAAAUUUUUGAUGGAGGGAUGUGUCAAAUUAAAUCAGGAUCAGCUUACAAAGUUUUUUUUUUUUUCUUUUCUUUUUUCUACUUGCUUUACUGGAAGCUCCUUUUACCUCUGACUAUAUUGGAUUUACUGUACGUUGUUUUUUUUUUAAUAGUAUUUUAUUUCCUAUUCACACAUCACUUCCAUGCAUUGCACAUUUUAUACUGUUAGUUUUAAGUCAUUAAAGGGGUCUACCGGUGGCAUGUGGCCUCUGGGCAUUGUCCACUAGGUUUGGAAGGUACAUCUCCAGUUUCUAAAAGCCACGUCUCUAUUGGAUGGAAAGGUUUUAAGGGUCUGAGUCGGAGCAAAUUGGCAUGUAGCGCUCCCUCUCCCCCCCCCCCCCCCCCCCCAGGCUGCUUCCUCGUCAUCUGCGUGCAUGUAUUGGGUUGCAAGGAGCAGGGAGGCCCACUUCAUUGCUUCAGGCCUGUUCUAUGCAUGUCUGAUGGGCUCGUUUAUAGGCUCGUCUCACUGUAAAUUAAAUCCUUAUCUUUUGUGUGUGUAACCUAAAGAGAGCUCACGGAUUGUGGCCUUGCUCUCCUUCUUCUGGAUGGAGUUCUGGCUACAGCAGGGUGUUAUGGGGAGAAGGGGGCAGACCAAGGGGAUGGGAUGGGUGGGGGGGGAUUGGCUCAACCAAGACCCCUUCUGUCAUGGAGGUAGGGGGCCGUGUUUCAAAGUAGAGGUCGCUGCAGUGAAGGUCAAUAUUAACCCGGUGCCUGCUGCGAUGGUCCGAUGCAGACAGAGUCGCAGGCACUUAAAUCGGAUUUCCCUCGAACGUGUCAAACAACGCAAACCUAAUGCUAUCAAAAUGCAACUGGAAAAACCCUCAUAUGCAGUAGAUACCUAAACGAUGUUAAUUGGAUAAUACAGAUGAUGUAAUUGCAGUAGAAUCCAGUACGUUUUCUCACAACUUCGGCUUGGCAACACUAGUGGCAUCGCUCACCAGGUGUGGGUUGGUUGGUAGAGGGUAGACAUUUUUAAUGGUGAAUCACUUUAUGUAUAUUUGGAAUAAAUAUGUAUGAAUAAAAUGAAUUUGCUAUUA